CAUUAAACGGUUUUGAGGCGUCUUAUUGAUAAGAUGUCGUCUUGUGUGGAUUAAUAUAACUAAAUGUUGCCGGUUCAAUUAAUUUAUAAAUAAAUACAAACAAAAAAGAAAUUAAACUAAUUUGCAAACAAUAUUAAAAAAAAUGUGUCGAAUUUAAUAAGGAAAUUGAAAUCACAAUUUAAACUACAAUUAAUAAUAGUUUUUUAAUUAAAACAAAAAUAAAUAAAAUAACAAAAAAAGUGCUAAAAUUAAAAUAAAAUAAAUGGCUAAUAUAUUGUUAAAGUUUUCCUAAUACGUCAUUGUUAUAACGUAAAUAAUUAAAACUUGUUUUUAUUAACACGCGUUUAGAAUAAUUUAAACGCUGUAACGUCAUUUUAUAAAGUAAAAAGUUAUUUUCUCAUUGUGUAGUUGCAUGUUGAAAACAAAGAAACAAAAGAAUUUUUUAAAAUUUGGAUAUUUUCCCGAUUUGGAUGAGACAAAAUUCUAAGAAUUUUAUUUAAACGUCCGCUAUAUUGUGAUAUUAACACGGAUAAUUAGGUUUAUUCCCGGCUUUCGAAAAGCGAUAAGCGAUUUGUAUAAAACUUCAACAACACCAUUGUGAUAUUAUUAGUUUUAGUUUACCUACAAAGACAACCACAACAACAGCUUCCAAACUCACGACAAAAUGAAUUCCACAAACGGUUUUUUUGAUGAACAUAUUACUAUGUUAUAUACACAUUUGAUGAAUCAAUAUGUGCCCGAAUAUUUUAAGGGUUUCGAAUAUACACCUUGGGUAUUUUCUCUAUUGGGUUCAGUGGUUAUAGGUUUAAGUGGUAUUUUACCACUGCUUAUAAUACCAACAGAUGAAAAAUUAAAUAAACAAGGAUACAAAGAUCCUGGUGAAUCAAAGUUCCUAAGAGUUUUACUUAGCUUUGCUGUCGGUGGUCUAUUGGGUGAUGUUUUUCUGCAUUUAUUGCCGGAGGCGUGGGAAGGUGACAAUGAAAAGACAACGUCUGGUCACCCCUCACUAAACUCUGGCCUUUGGGUACUAUCGGGUAUUUUAAUUUUCACAAUAGUAGAGAAAAUCUUUUCCGGCUAUGCAAAUGCCGACGAAGAAAAUCCUCAACCAAAAUGUGUAGAAAUUGCCAAUUGUUUAAUGCGGCGCAGGGGAGGUCAAAUAUUGGAAGGUGAAACAUCAGAAAGUUGUGGUGGUAAAGGCUGUGACAUAGAAGACGUGCCCAAUGGUUGUUUUUUGCGUGAACGUGAGCAAAAAAAUAAAGAUCAACCUAAAAAGGUUGCCGGUUAUUUGAAUCUUAUGGCAAAUUCUAUAGAUAAUUUUACACAUGGUUUAGCAGUGGCUGGUUCAUUUUUGGUCUCAUUUCGUCAUGGUGUUUUGGCAACAUUUGCUAUAUUGUUACAUGAAAUUCCCCAUGAAGUAGGCGAUUUUGCUAUUCUUUUACGUUCCGGUUUUAGUCGUUGGGAUGCGGCACGCGCUCAAUUAUUAACCGCCGGAGCUGGUCUUUUGGGUGCUUUAGUAGCCAUUGGUGGUUCAGGUGUUACUUCAGCUAUGGAGGCUCGCACCUCCUGGAUUAUGCCCUUUACCGCUGGUGGCUUUUUACACAUAGCUUUGGUUACAGUAUUACCGGAUUUAUUGCAAGAAAGCAAUCGUCUUGAAUCAAUUAAACAAUUUUUGGCUUUAAUAGCUGGCAUUGCCUUAAUGGCCGUGAUGACCAUACUUUUCGAACACUAAAAUUUACAUUCAUAUUUAUAACAAACAACAAGCAACAUGAAAUUUAAUCGUAAAUCAUAAUUUAGUGUUAAAUAAGCUUUUUACCAAAUUUAAAUAAAACAAACGAAAAAAAGUACAAACUUUUGCUCCAACAAACGUUUCUUGUAACUUCUUACAAGGAGUAUAUUCUUAAUUUUCGAUUUGGUAUUCCGCUUUUUUCCAUUUUUCAUCUUUCAAAGCAAUAAAUUUAAAAUUCUUUUUAAAUUAUUCUUUAAACACAUAUAACAUGUAUUUAUAAAAUUUAGCUAGUGCGUAUGACUAUUAUGAAAUAUAUUUAAAUAUAGAUUUUUUCUUGUUAAUUAGUUGUUAAAAGAAAGAAACUUAUACAUACAUAUUAUAACUGAAUAUAAUUAAACAAAAAUAAUAAUAUUUUCUAACAUUUAAUUAUGUAUAUUAUUUAAUUACAUACAUAAAUAAUUUUACAAAAGCCAUAAAUUUAUUGUAAAUCGAAAUUAUCAUUAAUUUUGUUUCUCUUUUUUAAAAUUUCCAUUUUUUUAGUUAUGUUAUUUAUAUAAAUAAAAGAAUUUUUUGUAUGAUAUACAAAAAUUAAAGUGU